AUGCAGCGUAAGAACCAGACUUUCCUUGCUCGCCUCUGUGGCCAGGCUGAGCGCUACGGUGAUAUGGUCCCCCAUCUCAAGGAAGUCGUCAAGAUGGGUGGUGAGGUCAGUGCUGAUGAGCAGAACCUUCUCGCCAUUGCUUAUCAGAACGUGGUUGGCGCCCGCCGUGCCAGCUGGCGCAUUAUCUCCUCGAUCGAGCAAAAGGAGUCAAGGGGCAGUGAGAACCAUAUUGCUGCUGUCCGUGGAUACCGCAACGAGAUUGAGAAUGAGCUCGAGAAGGUCUGCCGGGACGUCUUGGAUCUGCUAGACGGGAGCCUAAUUCCCAAUGCCGGUGCUGGCAAGUCGAAGGCCUUAUAUUACAAGAUGUGCGCCUACUUUAAUGGUCUCCCCUUCUCAAAAGCAUCUGGGCUGACUCAUCAUGUUUCUAGGAAGGGCGACUACAACCGCUACCUGGCCGAGUUCACGUCGGGUGAAAAGCCUGAUUUUGCUCAGACCGAGCUCACAACCACUCACCCGUUGCGGCUGGGCUUGGCUCUCAACUUCUCCGUCUUCUAUUAUGAAAUUCUGAACUUAGUUGAUCGUGCCCGGCAUCUUGCGAAGCAUGCUUUUGAUGAUGCCAUGGCCGAGCUCGACGCCCUGGCCGAGGAGUCUGAUGGCGACAGUAUCCUCAUCAUGCACCUCCUCCGUGACAACCUGACCCUUUGGUCGUCUUCGGACAGUGUUGGGGGUAGUGAGCUGGUCUGCCUGUGGCGUCCCAAGUCCAACAAGUACGGCCAAAGUCCAUUCCAGCUCGGCGACGACGCCUACCAGACCCUCACCGCCCCCCUCCUUCCCUGGUUCUCCAAGCCCUACCAGUACGUCUCGCUCUACGUCCAGAAGGUCGACUCUAUCGGCGACAAGUCGCUCGACCGCAUCGACGAGCGAUUCCCCGUCGUCAAGAGACUUCCUUUGGCUAGCCUCUGUCGCAUCUUGGCAACACCAGCCAUGUUGGCAGUUCAACGAGGUUACGUCAUCACAUAAACGCAGCCAGUCAUACUGAUGCCUCUAAAGAUCGAGCAGCGGCACGGGAUGGAUAUUUGCAUGGUACUCCUCAGACGCCAAGAUUUAACUCCAUGGGAUCAGAACUGUAGUUGAACACAGUAUUCCGUCACCACUUUGGCCACACACCCACCGUCCCACGUCUGGUCCGAUGAUGCAAGCCACCUAACGUGCAUGAUGCCCCAAUUUACAUCAAGAACUGUGGCAAACAUCCACAAAAACGCGGUUUUGUGGAAUAGGGGAUGUUGCUCGGUACCUUCCCACAGUAAAUCACC